UCCGGUUCCGCGGGGCUGGCUGGCGGGCGGGCGGCCGGGAUCGGCGGCGGCGGUGCCUGACAGACAAUGAGGGCGGCGGGGCGGCGCUGAGCGGCGGCGGCGGCGGCGAGCGACGUGGGGCCCGGGGGCGGGGCGGGGCGCCAGCCAUGGACAAUCAGUGCACUGUCCAGGUCAAGUUAGAGCUGGGACACCGCGCCCAACUGCGCAAGAAGCCCACCACGGAGGGGUUCACCCACGACUGGAUGGUGUUUGUUCGCGGCCCCGAGCAGUGUGACAUCCAGCACUUCGUGGAGAAGGUGGUCUUCCGGCUGCACGACAGCUUCCCCAAGCCCAAGCGCGUGUGCAAGGAGCCCCCCUACAAGGUGGAGGAGUCGGGGUAUGCUGGCUUCAUCAUGCCCAUCGAGGUGUACUUCAAAAACAAGGAGGAGCCCAGGAAGGUGUGCUUCACCUAUGACCUGUUCUUGAACUUGGAGGGCAACCCGCCCGUAAACCACCUGCGCUGUGAGAAGCUCACCUUCAACAACCCCACCAUCGAGUUUCGGUACAAGCUCCUGAUGGCCGGCGGGGUGAUGGUAAUGCCCGAAGGAGCAGAAACGGUGUCCAGGCCCAGCCCUGACUACCCCAUGUUACCCACAAUUCCACUCUCUGCCUUCUCUGACCCCAAGAAGACCAAACCGUCCCACGGCUCCAAGGAUGCCAGCCGGGAGAGCAGCAAGGCCUGCAAGACCCACAAGGCGACCAAGGAGCACCGGGAGCGGCCGCGCAAGGACUCGGAGAGCAAGGGCACUCCCAAGGAGCCAGAGCGGGAGCAGGCCCGGAGCGCCAAGGACGCCUCGCGGAAGCUGGGUGAGGGCCGGCCGCCCAAGGAGGAGAAGGCCCCAGCCGCCAAGGCCGCGUUCAAGGAGCCCAAGAUGGCCCUGAAGGAGACCAAGCUGGAGAGCAUGUCCCCCAAGGGCGGGCCCCCCGCACCCCAACCCAAGUCUUCCGGCAAGCGGCCGGCCGCCACCGACUCGCCCAAGCCCAGCGCCAAAAAGCAGAAGAAGAGCAGCUCCAAGGGGCCCCGGAGCGGCCCCGGCACCUCGCCCCGCACCUCGUCCUCCUCCUUCUCGGACAAAAAGCCGGCCAAGGAUAAGGGCAGCGCCAGAGGGGAGAAGGUCAAGGCCGAGAGCGAGCCCAGGGAGGCCAGGAAGCCCCCAGAGGUGGACGAGUCCAACUCGGAGGACGAGGCCUCCUUCAAGACAGAGUCCGCCCAGUCGAGCCCAUCUAACUCCAGCUCCAGCUCCGACUCCAGCUCGGAUUCUGACUUUGAGCCAUCUCAAAACCACAGCCAAGGACCCCUGCGUUCCAUGGUGGAGGACUUGCAGUCCGAGGAAUCCGACGAGGAUGACUCUUCAUCAGGCGAGGAGGCUGCUGGCAAGACCAACGCAGGGAGGGAUUCCAGGCUGAGCUUCAGUGACAGUGAGAGUGACAACAGCGCGGACUCCUGCCUGCCCAGCCGCGAGCCCCCUCCCCCCAAGAAGCCACCCCCGCCCAACAGCAAGGCGUCCGGCCGGAGAAGCCCGGAGUCAUGCAGCAAGCCCGAGAAGAUCCUCAAGAGGGGCACCUAUGACAAGGCCUACACAGACGAGCUGGUGGAGCUGCACCGAAGGCUGAUGGCGCUGCGCGAGCGCAACGUACUGCAGCAGAUUGUGAACCUGAUUGAAGAGACCGGCCACUUCAAUGUCACCAACACCACCUUCGACUUCGAUCUCUUCUCCCUGGAUGAGACCACGGUUCGCAAGCUGCAGAGCUACCUGGAGGCGGUGGCCACAUGACCCUGGGCGGGUGCCGGGCCCCCGUCACCGGGGUCCCGGGAGGCCAUGCCCGGGCCCCGCCUUCCUUCCUCUCGCCACCCGCCCGCCCGCAGCACUGCCUUAGUGACCGCCCUGUCCUCGGCCCGCACGGCCAGCUGCACUUUCCUCGCCGGCUGCUGGCCGACGCGUUCCACCACGUCGUCGGGAGCCCCGGGGCCGAGGGGCGCCGGGCCAGCACUGCUGCUCCCCCACACUCAGGGGCUGCCACCUGGGCUCCCCCUGGAAAGCGGCUUGUGUUGAAGGCAGCCCGGGCCCCGCUCCUGACGGGGAAGAGGCGAACCUGGCAGCGGGGGCCUGGCUCCCGGUGAGUGGCGCGGCUCGCUGCCGGCCUCUGAGCAGCCUCCCCAGCGGUUCAGAACGUACCCACCGUGCCCAGGACCUCGAGGGCUCCGGCUGCACUGGGCUGGGCCUAAGCCGGACAGGAUCCCUCCGUCCGGUCCUCACUGUGCUGGGACUCGUGCUGUAUAGUUCUCUCUGUUGUGUGUGUACGUGUGCACUGUCGGUACAGAACGGUCUCUGGGUGUGUUUCCGUGGAGCAGUGCACGUGGGGGGGUGGGGGGUGCGUCACGAGGGACUUUAGAUUAAGACGUCUCCUUCCUUACCGUCUUCGGGUGGGAGGCUGAGCUGAGCGCCACCUGGCCCUCUCCCGGCGCAGCCCUCCCUGGCGGUUCCGAGCAGGCCCCGUCUUCCUGCGGCACAGAAGGCACAGCCCAGCGCCAGUGAACACUACCCGUGCGUGGGUCCUCUGCGCGCUCUGGCGCCUGGUCAGAUUGGCUGCGGUCUCCAGGAGCAGACAGCGGCGCAUCCUCUUCCUCCUUCCUAGGAUCCUCUUCCUCCCUUCUGUUGGUCGAGUCCUCGAACUUUGAAAAAAAAUGAGCUUUUGCCAAAUAAGAUGGGCUAGUUUGUGGAGCGUUUCUAGGUGCGUCAGGACUCAGCCAGCCCCUCACGCUGGGCCCUGGCUGGCGGCAGGCCCGCCUGGCACUCCUGCCUCCCUGGCUUGGGCCUGGCCCUCCAUCCCUGCAGUUGCAAAGACCCAGAGACUCGCCUCCUCGCACGCCUGAGAUUCUCCAAGGCCCAGGAGGGUUCCUUUUCCCUCCCAGCUGGGGCUUCUGGCAGCUGGGGGCUGUUUGCUCAGCCUCUGAUCCCUAGACCUCAACUCCAGGCUCCUCCAGGCUCCCCAGCUGCUGCCCAGAAUGGGGUGCAGGAGAAGGGACUGGGCUCUGCCGCAGGCUCCUCUUCUCCCCAGCCCAGUCAGAUGGCCCUUGCUCCCCCAGUUGCUGAGUUCUGACAUGGGGGCGCCAAGCUCCCCUUCCCCAUGGGGCACCAGCCAUCAAUGCUGCUGGCAGACCCUGAACACUCCCUGGAGAGCCCCUGCUUCCAGGACGUCCCUGAGCUGCAGCCAUUCUCGUGAGAUUCCCCAGAGCUCGUGGAAGGCCCAAGACCCUUCAGAGGACACUGCCAUGGGUCUGCCAUCUACCCGGAUUCUCUCCCAGCCCCACUGCCUUGAGGUAUUAGGAGGAGGGCAGCCUUUGGCAGGCUCUGUGCUGUCACUGUCCCCUUCCCCAGGCAGGCCAACAAUACUCCGAAGUGGGGCACCUUUCUUUGGAAACUCCCCAAGACAUUGGACAAAAGGAACCGUUCUGAUGUGGCUGCUCAGAAGGCAGCAGCUGCUUAGCCCUCUAUGCACAGACGCUGCUGGGGACUGUGGGCUCUGGCCUUUCUCCAAAUUGAGGAUCUCCUGGGAAGGGCCCUAGGCCCUCGUGAGACUCACACAGCGACAGGGCAGCUCUGCUCUGGAGCCGGGCUCUCCCAGAGGCAGCUGGAGGCAGGCAGGGUUCUCAGCCCACCCUCAGGAGCGGCAGCGUCUGGCCUUCCCUGCUGUUUCUGAGGCUCCUGGAAGCACUAACCUGUUUCUCAGUUACCUCCUCUGGCCAGAAGGCCUGUGCUGUCCUCCGGAGCUGUUCUGGGCCUAGGGCUGGUCCCGUAACCACCUGACGGAUGUGCCAGGCAGCCGGGGCCCCGACUGCAGCCUUCCCAGCUGCUCCCCACGCCGCCCCCAGCUGCCUGGCAGCUGGGCCUAUGAGGGCUCUGGGGACACUUCCAUAGGAAGGGGCUGGCACUUUGUGAUUGCCACGUGUUUAGUGUUAAGCCCUCUGCCCCUAGUGCAAAUCCCUGUGUUUUGCUAUCUCCUGAACAAAAUGUAAACCGACGCCUAAAAGCAAAAGGUAUUGAAUACCUCCCUUACCCAUAAGGGUUUUUACAAAGAAUGUGUCUCACUAGGAACUAGGACACUCAUCAGCCCAAGACCAACUCCUGGAUACAAGGAAUAAAGGAAAUCGUGUUUGUAAUAAGUCACAGGAUCGUUUCUGUCCUGGAUUUUAAACUUUUUGUUAAAUUGUGAAAUUAUGGAGGAGUUUUAUAGAAAAAAAAGUGAAAUAAAGUCAGAUGGGAAAGCAGA